UAAUAAAGACAUGGUAUAUGAACAGGUAAUACAAGAGUCAUUUCUCAAAAUGCAUUACAAAAAUUCCAGGAUGAGAUGGGAAAAGUCAUCAAAGAUCCUUACAAAGUUGUGAUGCGCAAUACAAAGCUUCCUUUGUCACUUUUAGAUGAGAGGGCUAAGACAUCACGAGUUCAUAUACUUGAUACAGAGAGCUUUACCACAACAUUUGGACCUAAAGCUCAGCGUAAACGACCAAAUGUUAAAGCAGCUGAUAUUCAGAGUCUUGCGGWGUCUGCACAAAGUCAAUCAGAGAAUUAUAAACAGGAAAAUGAUAAAGAUCUAGUCAGAGAGGAUAAGGGAGAAAGACCAGAAGCCUUGGAGUCACUCUAUACCAAAGGACAGUCAAAAAGAAUAUGGAAUGAGCUUUACAAGGUGAUUGACUCUUCAGAUAUAGUACUUCAGGUGUUAGAUGCUAGAGAUCCUAUGGGAACAAGAUCCAAGCAYAUUGAAACAUUCAUGAAAAAAGAAAAAUCCUACAAACACCUUAUAUUCAUCAUAAACAAAUGUGAUCUGGUGCCACCUUGGGUGACGCAACGGUGGGUGACCUUGCUCUCUUCAGAGUAUCCUACUUUAGCAUUUCACGCCAGUGUUACAAAUCCMUUUGGUAAAGGUGCACUUAUCAAUCUGUUGAGGCAAUUCUCAAAGCUGCACAGUGAUAAAAAGCAGAUAAGUGUUGGACUGAUUGGUUAUCCUAAUGUUGGCAAGAGUUCAAUUAUCAACACUCUUCGAGCAAAAAAAGUCUGCAAAGUAGCUCCCAUAGCUGGUGAAACGAAGGUGUGGCAGUACAUAACUUUGAUGCGUCGUAUCUACCUUGUGGACUGCCCUGGUGUGGUAUAUCCAAGUGGAGAUACAGAGACAGAUAUUAUACUCAAGGGCGUGGUUCGAGUUGAGAAUGUCAAAGAUGCAGCAGAGCAUAUCYCAACGGUACUGGAACGGGUUAAACGUGAGUACAUUGCUAAAACUUACAAGGUGACUUCGUGGAAUGAUGUAACAGACUUCUUAGAACAGUUAGCAAGAAGGACAGGAAAGCUGCUUAAGGGAGCCGAGCCUGAUGUAAAUACAGUUGCCAAGAUGAUACUAAACGAUUUUCAGAGAGGAAAACUACCUUACUUCGUCCCACCACCGAAACAGGAUGGAGACGAUAAAAAGGCAUUGAAAGAGAACAAGAAAACAGAAGUAUCUCGAAUACCCCCACUCUCUAACAGUUUUGUCAAAGCUUCCUCUACUAAUCAGGAUAAAGAGGACAUCGAAGUUAGAAGCGAAACUAUCUUGGCAACUGCUGAAGGAAACAGAAACAGCAAUGGAUCCACUGAGACGAGUACACAGUUUCAUGUUCAGCAGGACUUCAGUGCUAUUACYGUAGCACCAGAGUUUGAAGGCGAUGACGUUAAACCACUAGACGUUCAUAGGGAUGACAYCGUGCUUAAUGACAAUGAUGAAAAUGAAGACGCGGAGAAUGAUGAGGAAGAAGAGGACGCGGCAAACAGCGAUUUAGAAGAGARUGAAGGGGCAGAAGAAGACGAUGAGAAACAAGGGCUCGAUGAUUUAGAAGGGAAAGAUGACGAAGCGUACGAAAAAGACGACUACCAWGGAAGAAAAGAGGAGAGAGAAGAUGAAGAAGUGGAUGAGGGGGAAUCGGAGGAGGAAUCGGAAGAGGAAUCGGAAGAUAAGGAAGGAGACAGCGAAGAUGAGUUAUAUGUACGCAGUACAAAAAGUGUCGAAAAUAGCUGUGUUAACAAUAAUGACAUGGAAAAUAAAGGAGAAAGAAGAGGCAAUAGRAGCUGUGACGCAUUAAAUCCCGUAGAAAAGGGGAAAAGCCGAGUUCCASUGAUUAAUGUUUCUAACAAAAGCGGUGAAAACAAUGAAGAAAGUGUUGACCUUGGUGAUUGGGAAGAACUACAGAGGGCAAUAGAUGAUGGCGAACAUGUUAGUGAAGAUGAAAGCUCGCAUGAGAAUGAUGAGGAAGAAGAUUCGAUGGUUACACCCUUGAAAAACUGGACCGCAAAUACCAACAAGAGAUACUCAAUAUCAAUGAGCCCUUAUGUUGCUUGCGUCGAGGCGUUAGAAGACGAGGAUCAAAGUUUGUCUGUACCGACAUCACAAACCGUCACGACUCCAAGCAUGUCAAAAAGUAAACGAGAAAGUCAGAAAUCCAAGAAAAGAAACGCUAGAAAACGAAAGGACGACGAAGAACACGAGGAAUCGCCGAAAUCAAAGAAAACUCGAAUGACUACAAACAAAAAGAAGGUUGGAGMGCACUAUUAUGCUAGUGCCAACGUCAAGAAUAAAAAUCGUAAUAAGAAAACAAAGGAASAGAACAUUAAAAAACACAGACGCGGAAAGAAAUUGAAUUAGAGAGAUCAAAAUAAUGCGAAUUAAAUUGAUUGAUAUCCAA